AUGGACUCGUCUAAUACACCUGCUGCCAACAAUGGCAGGUCAGCAUCCAAUGGAAGCAGAUUAUCUAAUAAUACCACCACUAGUUCUGACGAGGGUGAUAGCAAUGUUAGCAACAAUGCCCCAUCAACAGCACCUACUGGUUCGGCUUUAACUGGCCCUCCUAUCACAGGUCCUGGUAUUAGAAAAACAAGUACGGUUUCAACUAUUGGUGGAGGAACCGGUGGUAGUACUAGUGCCGGUCCUGCUUCGUCUAUUGCACCUACCACAACUACUUUUAAUUCUAGUGAUACUGCAACUACCUAUUCACUUCCUCAACCUGCUUCGUCCAGCUAUCUCCUGGAAGAUGCAAGACUUCGUGAGAUCCUUAUGUCAGAUGUUGGUACUGAAGCUUUGUUGAAACGUUUAAAGCAGAGCAUUCAUGCUGCUAAGGAAUUGUCUUCGUUCCUCAAAAAGUCGUCGAACCUCGAAAAUGAACACAUGGGCCAGGUGCGUAAACUAGCCAGUUCUGCAAUUUCCGAAUUUGCUAAACCUGAAUACCGUCAAGGAACAUUUGCUGGCCAAUUGAAUCAACUAAUCAAGGUCAAUGAACGAUCUUGUGACGCUGCUCGUUCGUUUACUACUGCCCUGGUGACAAUGCAAAAAGAACUGGCUAAUCUCAGUGCUACUGUAGAUAAAUCGCGAAAAUCUAUAAAGGAAAGUGCUCUUCGUCAUGAAAGACAAUUACUUGAAGCCGAACAACAGGCUGAAAAGGCAAAGUCAAAGUACGACUCGUUGGCAGAAGAAUUUGAUAAAGUUCGUACUGGAGAUCCUACUAAGAACAAGUUUGGAUUCAUGCACUCGAAAGGCGCUCAGCAUGAAGAGGAGCUGCACAAAAAAGUCCAAACAGCAGAGUCCGAUUAUAAACAAAAAGUUGAAAAUGCUCAGCGUCUCAGAAGCGAACAGAUCAAUAAGAAUCGUCCUGCAGCUAUCAAACAACUAAAAGAUUUAAUUCUUGAAUGUGACUCUGCAAUGUCUUUUCAAUUACAGAAAUAUGCCAAUCUUCAUGAGAUUCUCGCUCUUAAUAGAGGUUUUAUUGUAGCUCCCUUGAAGCCCAAUGGUGCCGCUAAUGGAAACUUGACAAUGAAGGAGAUGGCUGCUAAAAUCGAUAAUGAGCUUGAUUUAUACAAUUAUGUUAUUGGCGUUCCCAAGACAGUUAGCAGGCUCAAUAGACCAUUGGUCCAAUUCCAACGCCAUUCGACCCUUGCUGGAGCCUACCCAACUGGAUCUAUUGGCAACACGACCUCGUCAGUUCCACAAUCGUUCCAAAACAAUACUACUUCUCCACCUCCACCUAUUUCAAAAGCACCAGGAGCUGGUAUUGGAGGCACUGUUGGUGCUGGUAUUGGAGCCGGUGUUGGAGCUGGGGCUGGUCUCGCAGCUGGAUUGGCAUCUGGACCAAAUGGACCAGGUUCUGCUGGUGCUGGUGCUGGUGCUCCAACCGCACCAGCUGCGUUGAAUUCACAUACCGCGAUUGGACCCAGUCCUGUUCUGCCACCAGUAGCAACCUCCGAACCUUUCAGUGUGUAUCCCGGCAAUGACACAAUCUCACCGAGUUCGACCAUUGAAACUCAAGCAGUGUCUACAACGGCAUCUAAUUUUGACACUUCUGCCGGACCAGUGCCUACUGUGGGUCAACCAGGUUCCGGAUAUCCUCCUGGUACUGUACAUUCGCGGCCCUCGUUCGGUACUCCUCUUGAUGUUCUUCUCGAUUAUGAAGAGGCUACUGUUCCACGGGUUGUAUUCCAAUGUAUUCAAGCAGUGGAUAAUUUCGGUCUCGAAGUCGAGGGAAUCUAUCGAACCAGUGGAAACAACAACCAAGUACAGGAGAUUAAACGACUGUUUGAUUUAGAUGCCGCAUCUGUGGAUCUGUUACAUCCUACACACGGACUAAAUGACAUCCACAGCGUAGCGGGCGCACUCAAACUGUAUUUCCGCGAGUUGCCAGACCCACUUCUCACCGGACAGUUCCACGACGAGUUUGUCGCUGCUGCCAAACUCCCAGCUGGCGACGAACGCCGCGAUGGCGUGCACCGCAUUGUAAACGAGCUUCCCGACCCCAACUACACGACGCUGCGACAUCUGAUAUUCCAUCUGUACCGGGUCCAAACACGGGAAGCCAGCAACCGCAUGUCCAUCAGCAACCUGGCUAUCGUCUGGGGCCCAACUCUAAUGUCCUCGAGCCUUAACAACCCCGAAGACAUGGCCCUCGAGGCCAGCGUUAUCGAGACCAUUCUCGUCAACGCAUACACCAUCUUUGACGCUGACUAA